UGAAAUUUUCGUGCCUUGACUGCCUUCUAGUCGGAGCAGUUUACUAGGUUCUACGCGUUGCCGGAAUGGCAGAUGAAGCUGGGGUGGAAGACAAGAUGUCAUCAGAGGCUCUAGCGACGCUUGCUUUGCGGCUACAAAAGAAUGCCAGUGAAACACUCAGAUUGAUUGAGUUAUCGUGGGAAGGCUACACCUGUGCGGGGCGCAUCGGCCAUGUCAGCGAGAUGCGACAGCUGCACGCAGAGUUGAUGUCAACGUCAGAGCAGCUGACACAGCACCUGCACACUGCGCCUGACUUCUUGGUCGGCAAGCAGCUCGCUGUGUCGCGCAGGAAGUGUCUCGAGGCUGCCGCCAGAAUUGAAGCUACGCUUGCCGAGAAGGCAUUAAACGCAAGGAAAAGGCGCUGCCGCUCUCAGAACUGUUGUUAUUGCUCAGCCGUACAGUCCAGCGAUGAUCAAGAUGGUAUCAAGGAUGCCAGUGACGACGCGGCGCAAGAUGGGACGUCAGAAAGUUAUGGACUGAGACUCGGUCCUGACGGUUCAUCUAAUGCUUUUUAUCUUAUCCCGGGCGAGGCGCCUACCGAUGACAGGGCACCGCUGCUGCCGUGGCGUGACGACGGCCUUGCAGCGCAGGCGCUAGGGGCGUCGCCCUCAGAUUCUUCACCGCCGCUCUCCCCCAGAGCAUUUAGUCCCUCGUUUCCCUUUAGUCCCUCGGCAUUCAUCCCUCAGCCUGUUAGUUCCUCACCUUCUGUCUUUGUUAGUUCCUCAGCUAUUGUCCCUGUUAGUCCUUCAGCAUUCAUCCCUCAGCCUGUUAGUUCCUCACCUUCUGUCCCUGUUAGCACCUCUGGUUCAGCCUCUCAACCUGUUUGUUCUUCAGGUUUCGUCCCUCAGCCUUUUAGUUCCUCAGCUUUCAUCCCAAUCCCUACCAGUUCCUCAGGUUUUGGCCUUCAAACUGUUAGUCCCUUAGGCUUAGUUCCUGUUUAUUCCUCAAGUUUCAUGCCUGUGCGUUCCUCAACUUUCGUCCCAGUGCCUAUUGGUCCCUCAGGAUUCAUGCCUUCGCCUGUUAGUCCCUCAGGUUUAGUCCCUCAGCCUGUUGGUCCUUCAGGUUUUAUCCCUUUUCCUGAUCACUCUUCCAUUGAUCCGUCUCUGCCUGUUCAUAUUUGUAUUGAUGAAAAGUGGUCCCUGCCAGAUUACUUCUCUGAUGACCUGCAAAUGCCAGAUCUUUCUUCUAUAGAUCUAUCCUUUCCUGUCCAGAGGACUGAAGAUCCAUCCCUUGUUCAAAGCACUGUUGAACCGUCCCUCUCUGUCCAAAAGACUGUUGAUCCUUCCCUUCCUAUCCAGAGAACAGUAGAUCCGUCCCUCCCUGUCCUGAGGACUGUUGAUCCGUUCAUCCCUAUCCAAAGGACUGUUGAACCAUCCCUUCCUGUCCAGAGGACUGUUGAUCCGUCCCUCCCUGUCCAGAGGACUGUUGAUCCGUUUCUCCCUGUCCAAAGGACUGUUGAUCCGUCCCUUCCUGUCCAGAGGACUGUUGAUCCGUCCCUCCCUGUUCAAAGGACUGUUGAUCAGUCACAUCCUGUCCAGAAAACUGUUGGUCAGUCCCCUCCUGUCCAAAAGACUGUUGAUUCAUCCAUGCCCACGCAAACUGCAGAUCCGUCAUUUCCUGUCCAUUUAUCCGUAGACCCGCUGAUGCACCCGUCUGUUGAUCCAUUAUCACCCGUCCACCCGUCUCUCACCCGCAAUUUGACUGCAACUGUCAAAUAUUUGUGCUCGUCGGCUGUCUUGCUCAGAGUUGGAUUUUUCUUGCAGUUAUUCAUAGCUGCUUCCAUGGUGUACUUUUUAGUUAAAUCCUGACGCAUUAAAGUGUUUACUAUGCUUUAACACGCAUACCUCUACUUUAUAUCGGUCCUCCCUGUUAUUUACGUUCUUAAGAUCAUGACUUGUAUUUCUCUUUUAUCAGGAUCAAUGUGCCUCUCGGCCAUAUGUUCUUAAACCAUUCAUUAUGUUCUUUGAGAUAUAGCAAGCUCUUCUGGAACCAAUUUCUUUACUGGAAAUGUUAAAAAAAAAAUUGUAUUCCUAGGAAAUUCUUAUUUCAGUGAUGCUUUAAGUGGAGUUGUUAUUAGCCAGUAAUUCUUAUUUAAUUAACUGGUCUGAUUUUUUAAAUUUCUGUCUUCAAAAUAAUUGUGGAAGAGGAACUUUCCUGUGUAGUCUUUGGUUUGAUCAAUGCUCUACAGUGCGUAAAUCGAGUUUUGAAUUAAUUAGUUCGUAUUUCCGCACUUGCCCCUUAACUCAUCGAGUUAAGAUAUUAUGGCACAUUACAUAUUCAUAAUAAUUACUUUUCCAAUUUUAUUAAAUUUCAAUGUUCUAAGAGUGCGCACUUCAAACGAUGCACAGUAAACACUGAAAUACGUUAGACAUGGUGUACGGUUAUGACUGUAACCUAUUAUUGUAGUUUUUUAUUUACUUCCAUCCUGAAUCAUUCCACUAAACAUAUCAUAUUGUACGAUCCUCCUGCUAUAUUCGCCAGCAAUGUUUUAGUGUAACAUUCCACUUAUCAUUGCCACAAUUUUUAACAAUGAUGUGGAAUUGCCAUAGAUUUGGGAGCAAUAUAUAUUAACUUCACAAGUUAAACUUUGCUAAAACUAAAGUUCAACAUAAGUGCUUCAUUCUUGAAUAUAAAUAUUGACAUAUAGUAUAGUAAAUAUCACUGCAUUUCUCACUGAUCUCUCCGAUGGCUGUGAUUAUGGCAAUAAGUACGUAGCCGUAGUUCACUGAUGGUGUACAAUAUUACUGUACUAAGCUCCUAAUUUUUUACUCGUUGAUUCAUC